AACCCAAAUCAACGCCUGGCAGAAGACAGCCGUCCACCACUACACCCGAAGAUCACGAUCUCUACGUCUACUACAUUGACAAGUUCGGAAAGAGAAGGAGACGACCUCGACGACAUACAAAACCAUCACACAAACGAACCAGAUCGACGUCACCAAAACGCGAAACCACGACACCUGGAGAAGAAUUCGUCAACGUGACGGACAAGUUCGGAAGAGUGGUGGCUCGACACCGACGAAGGAGGAGGCGAACAACCACACGCCGACCACUGG